AUGAAUCCGGACGGCAGGUCUAUUCGCAUACUGGCGGUGUUGAAUUCUGAGGAACCACACAUAUUCAUCGAUCCUAGGAAGAAGAUCCAGGAGUCGCAAGAUGUAUCGGCUUUCCUCGCCUCAAAAGCCUACUCGGACAUUGUGACUUUCAUAUUGCAGCUAAAUCGCGCCAUGUUCCCUGCGAAACUCCCCGAUGGUACCGUGCAAACCUGGCCCUUGGGCACUGAUGCCGUACAAUUCUCUGCGCCUGUCCGCCAGCUACAACGAUUGCUUUCGAAGAUUGAAGAUAUCGUACAGGAGGUUCCGCCGGACACGGGACCAAGGAGAUUUGGAAACAUCAGCUUUCGGAAAUGGCAUGAGGUCUUGGAAAGCCGAGCAUCUAGUUUGCUGAGAGAGUGCUUGCCCGCGGAACUCUUGGACAAACGCUCGCCAACCGGGGAAGGAGUCACCGCAGAGGCGGAGCUCAGAGCAUACUUCCUCGGCAGCUGGGGUAGCGGGCAGAGAUUGGACUAUGGUACUGGGCAUGAAUUGAGCUUCUUAGCCUUCCUUGGUGCAAUUUGGAAACUCAACGGGUUUCCCGAGUCCGAUUUUGGGGUCGAGGAGAGAGCUCUCGUUCUUGGAGUGAUCGAACCAUAUCUGGAGCUUGUGAGACUCCUUAUUAAAACAUACACACUUGAACCUGCAGGCUCCCACGGCGUUUGGGGCCUUGACGACCAUUCCUUCGUUCCAUUUAUCUUCGGCUCCGCUCAGUUAUCCCCGGCUAUUGAUGUCGCCGACCUUACGCCAGAAGAAGGUUCGCUGCCUGACGCACCUGACACAGGCGCAGUUGUUAAGCCAACUGUCGUGGAACGCGAAAGGAAAACGAAUCUUUAUUUCUCAGCAAUUGGGUUCAUCUACGAUGUGAAGAAAGGCCCUUUUUGGGAGCACAGCCCAAUGCUUUAUGAUAUCUCUGGUAUUCGAGCUGGCUGGGGUAAAAUCAACAAAGGCAUGAUCAAAAUGUAUAACGCAGAGGUUUUGUCCAAGUUCCCCGUCGUGCAGCAUUUCCCAUUUGGUUCUCUCUUCAGCUUUGAACGUGAUCCUAACGCAGCCGCACCUCCUACGACUGUCCACACGACCACCGGUCCACAGGGCCGGCCUGUUGUACCAGAUGCGGGCCCGCCAUCCUCUUCCAGUGCACGCCCAAGCAUGGAUCCCGGCAGUAAAGCUCCUUGGGCUACAGCUGGAGCCGGCAAUCGCGCACCUCCCCCUGUGGGAUCCACGACAGCGCCAUGGGCGACCGGAAGACAUUCUGGCGCACCAGGGGCACCCUCAACCAUCCCUGAUACUUCGCGCUUGCCCCCAGGCUCAGUUGCUUCUACCAGAGCUCCCUGGGCGAAUACACAAGCUCCUCCGCCCCCACCAGGUGAUGGUGGGCUUACAAAAGCCCCUUGGGCAAAAUGA